UCCUCCUCACACCAAAAGAUCACCACCGCCAUCUUCUACUUCUUCCCCUCAAACCAAAAAGCUGCAGAAUCCAACAGAGCGGCUUCCCUUCCCUUCCCCUCUCUCCCUCUUCCAUCUGUGCCGACUCCGUUCUUUCUCUCUCUAGAAUUCCCAUUCUCCGUCCAUUCCACUGACUUGAAUUGAAUUGAAUUGGAAUGGAUCGGGGAUAUUGAUAGGACCCGGCGGAUUAUGGGGUCGGAGUCAUAAGGGGAUUAGGUAAAAGCGGCAGCCCAUGAUGAAUGGAGGCGGCGCCAGCCCGGGGAGGAAGUUCUUCGGGGCCGGCAAUCUGUUGCCGCGGUGGCUGACGGAUCUCGACUGGCGGUUCCUCACCCUGACGAUACCCGCUCUCUCCCUCUUCGUCUUCGUCACCAUAACUUUCACCCCUUCCAACCCCUACAACCCCUUCUCCUCCAACUUCGCCCCCCUCCGCUCCUUCUUCCUCGUCGACCGCCCCAACCAUCACCCCGCGGCCAAUUCAUCCUCCUUCGGGGCCGCCAAUCAUUCGCCGGCGGAGGGAGGGGGCGUGAGGGGGAGGAUGGCGGUGUGCCUGGUGGGAGGGGCGAGGAGGUUCGAGCUGACGGGGCCGUCGAUCGUGGAGAGGGUUCUGAAGGUUUACCCGGAAGCCGAUCUGUUCCUGCACAGCCCGUACGACAAGAACUCGUUCAAGCUGCUGCUGCUGAGCAAGGCCCCGAGAAUCGCCUGGGUCCGGAUCUUCCAGCCCCAGCCCAUGCCCGAGACCCAGCCCGAGCUCCGCGUCCUCACCUCCAGCGGCUCCCCCAACGGCAUUCAGGGCCUUCUGCAGUACUUUAAUCUUGUCGAGGGAUGCUUGACGAUGAUCAAAGCCUACCAAGAGCAAAGGAACUUCACGUAUGACUGGAUAGUUCGGACCCGAGUAGAUGGGUACUGGACCGCACCGCUGGGGCCGGAGUUCUUUGUUCCAGGGACAUAUCUGGUCCCAACGGGCUCCAGCUUCGGUGGCGUGAAUGACCGACUCGGCGUUGGAGACAUGAACACUUCAAUCGUGGCCCUAUCCCGACUGUCCCUGAUCCCGCAGCUGGACGCAGCUGGAAAGCAUCAGCUUAACUCAGAGACCUCGUUCAGGGCACAGCUCACCACCCAGAACGUCUCCUACGUGGCGAAGCGCCUGCCUUUCUGCAUCGUGUCGGACCGGCAGUAUGGGUUCCCGCCAGCCCACUACGGGGUGCCUGUGGCGGCGAUGUCGAGCCCUGGGCCGCUGAGUGGGGCGAAGUGCCGACCCUGCACAGUUGCUUGCCGGGACAAGUGCGUGGAAGACAUCAUGAAGGGGCUCGAUCAGGGAUGGAGCUGGACCAACUGGGAAAAAGGGACCUUGCAUUUAUGUGAUGCCCAUGGCGAGUGGGAGAGCGGCUGGGAGAAGAUCUUCGACCGGAUGGCUGGGAGUAGAAUGGCAAGUGAGAGGAAGCGGGUGUGGAAGCUUAAGGUGAGGGACUGCGUGAACGAGUUUGAGGAGAUGAGGCGGCGGACCGCCAAUUGGGAGGCUCCGGCGUCGGCGGAGAUUUGUAAACUCGGCUUAGGAAAGGCAAGAUAGAUAGAAUUGGCAAAGAUUUGCAUAAAGGAAACUGGAAAACUGCGAGGGCAUUUUUGGGAUUUAGACUAAUUUUUUGCGAGGUGAAAAAUCUUUAGGAAAUAUGUGUAAAUUAUCGAUUUUUACUCUCUUUUCUUAAAAAAAAAGAAAUUCGAUCAAAUAAGUAUGGGGGUUGAAAUU